AGCUCCUGGAUCAGAGUUUCUAAUCUACACACACUCCCAUCUGAUGGCCUACAUAUCCACUUCCUCCUUCCAGGUUGGACUAAUUGUGAACAGACAGGAACUGAAUGAUUUAUCGAGAAAAACAACGCUAAAACCGCUGACAAUAACAACCAGACAACGAGACAGGACCGAAGAAACAAAUACACGCCAACGCCAUAUGGGGGGAAACGCUAAGCUGGCGUCAGGUCACAGUGAUGGAGCCACAAGCCCUCAGCCGAUUGGCCGGAUUACUGAUUACGCUCAAGUCCUCAAUGACGUUAAAACAGUUGAACGCCUCGAGACGCCCCCGGCAGUAGCAGCCCGUUGGUCACAUUGGCUCGUCUGGCUCCCGAACUUCUGGUACCGGAAGUCAGCUUGUGUUUCAUUCAGAAACAUAUCUUAUUUUGGAUGUUUUUGUUCGCCCGAGGAGGGUUUGAGUCACCGCCAAGAAGCAGACGACUUGUGGAUCACCGGUUGUCGUCAAAGUGGACGAGGUUCGAACCAUAAGUGAUGAAAACCAGCCAAUAACAAGAGGACCCAGUCUGGAUUGACCAUGGCUGCCCAUCGAAUCGUCCAAGUGACAAGCAGCAAUCACGUCCUUCCUCGCUGCAAAUCAGAGGGGACGCUCGUGGAGCGAGGCGAGGUGGUGCCGACCAUCCCCACUGAUGUCACAGUGCCUUCUCCCAGUGCCUUAAGACUGGACAUGGCCGCCUCCUACGAGAGCACAAGGGAAGUCGUUGCCAUCAGGGAUUAUUGCUCCAGCAGCUUGACCACGUUGACAUUUUCCAAAGGUGAUCGCCUCUUUGUGCUGGACACGUCAGGUGGCGAGUGGUGGUACGCUCACAAUAACACGGAGAUGGGCUACAUCCCUGCCGCCUAUGUCCAACUGCUCAACUGCAGAAAUUCUUCGCUGAGCGACAGCGGAAUGAUUGACAGACUCGGAGAGGAGGAGGUUCUGAAGGAACUUGAGGGGUUAGAAGAAUGGAAACCCUCCAAUUCCGACAACAACCAUCCAUUGUCUGUUAAUCCCUGGGAUCAGAAUUCCAAAGAAGCAAGUGUAAGAAACUCAUCUGAUCGUAUUAUUUUUGACGGCAUCGACUUGGACACCAAUAACAUCAAGUUCAGUGGUUGUCCCAAACAAGACUUUUUCCGGAGUAAGCGUUCCCGGAGUCUUUCCCAACUCUCUGUUUUACACCAGCAAUCAAAUACAAACUUCACGGGCCUAAAAGCACCUUUACCAGAGCAGUUUCAGAGCCGAGAGGACUUUAGAACUGCGUGGCUCAACCACCGAAAAUUAACCAGGUCUUGCUAUGACUUGGAAUCCUUAGGCCGGAGUCCCGGGUGGGGUCAGACUCAGCCGAUCGAGACGAGCAUUGUGUGUAGCUUGGACAGCAGUGGGGGUGUGGUUCAGCUCCCAGAUACCCACAUCACCAUGCACGUUCCAGAAGGUCACGUCAGCCAGGGGGACCAUCAGCAGAUUUCCAUGAAAGCCUUAUUGGAUCCUCCGCGGGAGCUCAAUAGCGACCGUCGUUUCACUGUCAGCCCAGUGGUGGAGAUCAAGCUCAGCAACAUGGACACAAAGUCUUUUGUUGCCUUGGAGAUGAAAGUGUCUGUGACACUGAAGACGCAGAGUAGCAACUGCGCUGAAGUGUUGUGUGUUCGGAGCGACUCGGAAAACGGGCCUUACACGCCCAUUUCCGAUUGUUACAUUUAUAAGGACCUGGUCCAAGUGCGGCUGAGCUGUCUGGAGCCGUGUAUGUACGUGGCGGUCGUGGUUCAGUCGCUGUACAUCAGUCACAGCACGGUCACGUGGGACCAUGUGCAGAGGAACGUCACACUCGGCGUUUAUGGACCCAAGCACAUCCACCCUUCGUUUAAGACGGUUGUGGCAGCAUUUGGGCACGACUGCGCCCCUAAGACUUUACUGGUAAGCGAGGCUUGCUCCACUCCUCCGGUCACUCUUCAGUUAUGGGGAAAGCAUCAGUUUGUACUGCGGUUCCCCCAGGACCUCAAGGUGGGCUUGUACCCUAAUGUAUCGAAGUAUCACGUUAAAGUGAGUGAAGGCGGUGGGACGAUCCAGGGAUUCCAUCUUAAAGUGGGCAAGGUCAGCCGCUUAGUCUACGUAAUGUCAUCGCACGACCCGAACAGCAUCUCAGAUUUCACGCUGAGGGUCCAAAUUAAGGACACGUUGGAUCGCAUCCUCACACAGUUCUGUAUCCAAACCCCGCAACCACUUCCCAAGUCUGAAGGUACGAUGACAUUGCAGAGGAGGUUCUUGAAAAAGAGCGAGGUGGACAAAAUCAUUCUGUCGCCGCUGGCCGUCACUUCCAAGUACCCUAAAUUUCAGGAUCGCUGCAUUACCAGCCUAAAAUUCGGUAAGUUAAUUAAGACGGUAAUUCGCCAGCACAAAACCAACUACUUGUUGGAGUACAAGAAAGGCGACAUGAUUGCGCUGCUCAGUGAAGAGAAGAUUAAGCUAAGAGGGCAGCUGCGUACCAAAGAGUGGUACAUCGGGUACUAUCAAGGCAAGAUGGGGCUGGUACACGCCAAGAACGUUUUGAUUCUGGGAAAGGUCAAGCCCAUUUAUUGGUGUGGUCCAGACCUGACCACGACGACUCUGUUGGAGCAAAUCCUCAAACCUUGCAAAUUUCUUACGUACAUCUACGCAACGGUGAGAACAGUUCUUAUGGAGAAUGUGGUCAACUGGAAGGCGUUCGCCGACGCGCUCGGCUACGGGAACUUGCCUCUCAAUUACUUCUGCCGGACGGAGCUGGACAACGAAGCGGAGAAGGUGGCCUGCGUUCUAGAGAAACUCAAAGAAGAAUGUACCAACGUUGAGAACAAGGAGAGGAAGUCGUUUCAGAGGGAGCUCAUGAUGGCUUUGCUCAAGAUGGACUGCCAAGGUCUGGUUGCCAGAUUGGUUCUGGACUUUGUGCUGCUAACCACCGCAGUGGAGGUGGCGUCCCGCUGGAGGGAACUCGCUGAGAAACUGGCCCGUGUAUCCAGGCAGCAGAUGGAGGCCUACGAGGCGCCGCACCGGGACAAAAACGGCGUCUUAGACAACGAGUCCAUGUGGAAACCAGCGUAUGACUUCCUGCUGACUUGGGCCGCACACAUCGGGGACAGCUACCGCGACAUCAUCCAGGAGCUCCAUGUAGGCCUGGAUAAAAUGAGGAACCCCAUCACUAAGCGGUGGAAGCACUUGACCGGCACGCUCAUCCUCGUCAACUGCUUGGACAUCCUCCGCAGCGCAGCCUUCUGUCCCACAGGCUGUGGAGACUUUGCUGUUUAACGCAGGGUUUCCAUCGCCCGGGGCGAGUCAGGUACUUGUAGCCCUCUGGGUCUCUUCCACAAGUCCGGUAUGUCUACCUCUUAUUUUUACAUUCUAAGUCACAUUUAGAGCUCAGCUUGGAAGCGUGAGAAAGUUCAUUCAUUCAUUCAUUUUCUACCGCUUUUCCUCACGAGGGUCGCGGGGGGUGCUGGAGCCUAUCCCAGCUGUCUUCGGGCGAGAGGCGGGGUACACCCUGGACUGGUGGCCAGCCAAUCACAGGGCACAUAUAGACAAACAACCAUUCACACUCACAUUCAUACCUAUGGACAAUUUGGAGUCGCUAAUUAACCUAGCAUGUUUUUGGAAUGUGGGAGGAAACCGGAGUACCCGGAGAAAACCCACGCAUGCAUGGGGAGAACAUGCAAACUCCACACAGAGAUGGCCGAGGGUGGGAAUUGAACCCUGGUCUCCUAGCUGUGAGGUCUGCGCACUAACCACCAGACCGCCGUGCCGCCGUGAGAAAGUUCAAUAAAAAGAAAAUAUGGUGAUGCUUUGCUUUCGUUGUUGCGUGUUUGCUUUGAAGGAAGUCGCAGGAAGUCCGUGCUCAACAUGGCGGACUGAAGAAAUAACAACAUAACCAUCACACAUCUACGGGUAGUUAACAACUAUUUACUAAAGACCGCACGGCAUGCUGGGAUUGGCACCACCCACCCGUCGCUGGGAGUGCUUAUGUGUACUUACUUACUUGCUACAGUAUGUCGCAGUAAGUGUUCCGUAUAUUGCAGUACAAUAUGGACACUACACUAUUAGCGUCCAUCGCUGUGCACCAUUUUAGCCUUUUGGGUAGCACCCAAAAUGACAAGUGUAUGUACGCAAGUGCGCCAAUUGUAUGACGAUUGUACGACUUUGCUGCCAUCUGUUGGCGACACUGCGGUAUAGCAGUGGGAGAUCGAUCCUAGUAUUGAUGUCUUUGACCUGUUCGUGUUUUCAUCUCUCGUCAUGCUUCUUUUCAUAAAUUGGUGCUGUUUGUAUUGUUACAUUGAUAUUAUUAUAUUUAAAAAAUAAAGUUUAAGUCAUUGGAGGCAGGACAACGUCAAAGGCAAAAAAACUAUUUCCUUUAUGUUGUGCUAAUUUUAUGUUAUUAAUAUUUUUAUAUUGUUACACUGUCCUACAUUGUUUAUUUAUAUAUUAUUAAAUUGCUCACAAAUAAGGUUGUUAAAGAAAAUAGUUUCUGUCCUGCUAGAAUUUUUGCUGUUUCAGGUAGACAGUAUCGGUAUCGAUACGUUUGGCCCACUCGCACUUGCGCAGAGGAAACAUUACUUUGAAGUUUUCACAAUAAAAGCAUAUCUUCUUCCGGGAGCAGUCCACACCAUUGCAGCGUCACCUUCACUGCUCUUAUUUUGGCACAUAGAGCAAGACCGGAAGUCGCCUCUCUUCAACCACGCUUUAACCAGUCGCGUCGUUCCAUGGCUUGGUUUAUGUCCUCGCGUCACGCAUGGCAGUGUGUUGCUGCACAACACACACGAAGACGCGCGAGGACAUUUCCACGACAUUUCCACGGCCGUCGUGAGUGAAGCCGGAGAUGUUGCGGCUCGCGUGGUCUCCGGAGUGAGUCGGCGCCGCCAUGGCCUGCGCCCUCCAGACCCUCCGAUAAAGCCUAGCAAGGUUCGGGAUCACCUGUCGGGCCUGUAAGCACGUCCAC